UGGCGUCGCGACGCCCUCGAGCCUCAGCCGCUCCUCAGCCGCCCGUCAAUUCACAACUCACCCUCACGAGAAACUAAAGCAGCAACAAAAUGUGUGACGAUGAAGUAGCAGCCCUCGUCGUAGACAAUGGCUCCGGUAUGUGCAAGGCCGGUUUCGCCGGAGACGACGCUCCUCGUGCCGUCUUUCCCUCGAUUGUCGGUCGACCUCGUCAUCAGGGAGUGAUGGUCGGUAUGGGUCAAAAAGACAGCUAUGUGGGUGACGAGGCCCAGAGCAAAAGAGGUAUCCUGACUCUAAAAUAUCCGAUCGAACAUGGUAUCAUCACGAAUUGGGAUGACAUGGAGAAGAUCUGGCAUCACACUUUCUACAACGAAUUGCGUGUCGCUCCGGAGGAACAUCCCGUUCUUCUUACCGAGGCGCCCCUGAAUCCUAAAGCUAACCGCGAGAAGAUGACGCAGAUCAUGUUCGAAACAUUCAACAGUCCGGCCAUGUACGUCGCCAUUCAGGCCGUCCUUUCCCUGUACGCUUCCGGUCGUACCACCGGUAUCGUCUUGGACUCCGGUGACGGUGUCUCCCACACCGUACCAAUUUAUGAAGGUUAUGCCCUUCCUCAUGCUAUUCUCCGUCUAGAUUUGGCCGGUCGCGAUCUUACCGACUAUCUCAUGAAGAUCCUCACCGAAAGAGGUUAUAGCUUCACCACUACGGCUGAGCGAGAAAUCGUCCGUGAUAUCAAGGAAAAGCUCUGUUAUGUCGCUCUGGACUUUGAACAGGAAAUGGCCACCGCUGCGGCUAGCACCUCUCUCGAGAAGAGCUACGAGUUGCCCGAUGGUCAAGUCAUCACCAUCGGUAACGAAAGGUUCCGUACACCCGAGGCUCUCUUCCAGCCUUCCUUCCUGGGUAUGGAAUCUUGCGGUAUCCACGAGACCGUUUACAACUCCAUCAUGAAGUGCGACGUUGAUAUCCGUAAAGAUCUUUAUGCCAACAACGUCCUCUCCGGUGGUACCACCAUGUACCCUGGUAUUGCCGAUCGUAUGCAGAAGGAAAUCACCGCUCUCGCACCCUCGACCAUCAAGAUCAAGAUCAUCGCUCCUCCAGAGAGGAAGUACUCCGUAUGGAUCGGUGGUUCUAUCCUGGCUUCUCUGUCCACCUUUCAGCAGAUGUGGAUCUCCAAGCAGGAAUACGACGAAUCCGGUCCCGGCAUUGUCCACCGCAAAUGCUUCUAAGCGCGUCAUUAUACGAUCAUCGCAGCGAAGCAAUUUUCAAAAGAACAUCCUUAUAUCUCGGGAAGAAUGCGCGAAUUAUUCGCAAUUCUGGCCCGAGCGAUCAAGCUGCUACGAGAAAACAUCAUCAGAGCAUUAUCAUUACUCUCAAUCCUCAUCGGAUCUCACCGAAUCAUUGUUGAUGGUUGAUUUGCAGCUUCGCUCGUCGUUGCGCAAACAACGAUGGGCUGGCUAAUCAUUAUCAUUGCCGCAGCUUUUUAUAAAGCUGCGCGCGAUGAUAUUAUUUAUUUAACAUCAUCAUCACGGCCGAGGUAGCGGUCGGCGAGAUUGGCUCUCGUCACAGGUUCUCUCUCGUGGUAGCCUGGACGUUGUCAAGCGUCGGAAAGGAUUUUUGUAUGGAUAGACGUAAUCAAAUGUAUCUUUUGAUUCACGAAAGGGACAUUCUGGGCAAACAUGCAGGACAUGCAGAGAUCUCGCACAGAUCAUGUCUGACAACGAGCUUCGAGACUACUUCGAGAAGACUACGCUUUAUUCACUGUCGCGCGAGCGUUCUCACCACUAUUUGAGAAAUCGAUCCUCUCUUAAUACGUAUUACAUAUUGAUUAUGUCUAGUCUGCUAACCAAAGCAACUAAGCAUCUACCGAUGUAUUUCUAUACUUUAAUUUAUUUUGUAAAUAUUAUACACUAUGUUAUAUAUUGUUAUACGAUGUCAAAGUCAAUUCAAAUACACAUUAUAUCAUACCACCAUUA